AUGCGUACUUUAAAUUACUUAUUAGCUGGAAUUGUCGAAGCUGUUUUAUGUAUGCCACAUAGAGGUCGUCUAAACCUAUUAACAGAUUUGCUACACUUUUCUCCAACAAGACUGUUUCACAAAAUUAAAGGAAAUCCAGAAUUUCCUGAAGAGUUACCUGCUACUGGCGAUGUUCUUUCACAUCUCGAAACUGAUUGUGAACUUGGUGAUCGUGUUAUAUGCGUACAAUUACAUGGUGAUGCGGUAAAUUCACUGAAUAAUCAAUUAGGUUAUACAACUCCUGCACAAAAUGCUAGAAGCAGUUGGUAUUGUAGUGACAUAGGAAAAAUGAUUAAUGCUCCUGUAAUUCAUGUUAAUGGUGAUUUUCCUGAGGCGUUAGCACUUGGAUCAUUAAUGUUAGAAGGGCAUAAUGUAAGAUUAUGUGGUCAAGAUGUUGGUCGAGGAACGUUUAGUCAACGUCAUGCAAUGAUCGUAUGCCAAAAUACAGAAAGAAUUGCUGUGCCUUUGAAUAACUUGGCACCUGAUCAAGGAAUGCUUGAGGCAUGUUUUAAAAGCAAUAUUGUAAAUAGCCCUCUUAGUGAAUUAGCCGUUGUAGGAUUUGAGUAUGGAAUGUCAUCUGAAUCUCCACACAAUCUUAUUAUCUGGGAAGCUCAAUUUGGGGACUUUUUCAAUGGGGCACAAGUUAUUAUUGACACUUACAUUUCUAGCGGCGAAGUUGAAAAAAUUGUAUUUGUAUCGGGAAAACUAUAUUACGAUUUGAUUAAAGAAAGGCAGAAUAAGAAAAUUGAAGAUAAAGUCGCUAUUAUUAGAUUUGAGGAGUUAUGCCCAUUUCCAAAAUCUGAUGUUGAAAAAGAAUUAAAAAAAUAUACCAAUGCCAAAGAAGAACCACAAAAUAAUGGUGCUUAUACAUUUGUUGAACCAAGAUUAAGGCAGUUAUUGCCAUUAAAACAAGAGUGCGUUCAAAUCGUUUCUUCAAAAUUUUUAACUGAUAAAAAUAUUAAAAAAGCAAAAAGAGCGCAAGAGUUACUCAACAAUUGGGAAGAAAUUAAGCGUUCUCCAGAAGUUAAAAAAUUCUGGAAUGAUAUUAAGAUUCAGAAUUUAAAGAAAGAUAUCCAGCAUGCCAAAAUGCAAAACGAACUAAAAACUUUACAGGUUAAAACUGAAGAUGAAUUGAACCAACAUGCUAAUAUAAUUGGAAAUAAAAGAAAGUUGAUAUUGCAAGGGAUACAGGAAAGUUCUGAUAGUGACAAAAGCCCAAGCAGUGAAGGAAAAACAACUAAUUCAACAAAAAGGGAAAGUUUUGAUAGUGAUAAAAGCCCAAGCAUUGAAGGAAAAACAACUAAUUCAACAAAAAGGAAAAAUGAUAUUCCCGAUACUGACGCUGUUGAUCUUAGCGAAGAAAUAAUAUAUAAUUGGGACGAAUUGAAAGAGUUAGAGAAGGAAAUAUUCUCCCCUCCAAUAAACGAGGACGAACUUCCAUUAACAUCAAAAAAAUGCAUAACCGAAGACGCACACCGAUGUAUAUCUGUAGAUCCAUUUGUAAAAACAUUUUUUGGAAAUGAAUUUAAGCCGUAUGUUUUAGGACUUAACCAAAAAGCAAUGGACAGCAAAAGACCUGACUUCUGUUGCAUAGUCGAUGAUAUCACAGUGUUGAAUUCCGAGAUUAAGCCCUUGGGAUGCUCUCCAUUAAAAGCAAAGAAAGAUUUUAUCAAAGUGCAUCUCAAAGGCAAGAAGUCAAUUAAUCAAUUUUAUGAACAAGGGGCCCCCAGAAAAGCAUUAGCUUUUUUGAAUAUAGUCAUUUUUCAUCGAUUUGGAAUACGUGGAAUUUAUCGUUCGUGGCCAGUUCUCAAAAAUAAAAUAGCGACGGAUAAAGGAUCAUUUCCGUUAAUGGUAUUAACCUUUUCACAUUUUGUAAAAUUAGAGCAAUUCGUUUGUGACAUCGCAAAUGAAUAUGAAAGUCGAUCACCACCUGGUAGUUAUACACCACCGCAACAGAUUAAAUCUAAUUUUAUAAGAAAAUUGCCAACUUCGCCACAAUUAGCAAGAUUAUUGGAUUUAUAA